GCGAUUUUCACUUUCACUUGUCACCUUCAAAACCUCGCAGUGUGCUUGAAUUUAAGUGUCUGCCUUUUUUUGCUUUCGACCAUCAUGACUUUCAACGCGACGACCGUCGCCGCUGUGGCUCAGACUACUACUCAGCAGCUCUAUGCAAACAUUGAUUUCACGAAACUCAGUUGGCUUGAGCAGAUGUGGGCUGCUUGGUACAUCUGGAUUGACAACCCAAUCAUUGCAACGGGCCUCAUGAGUUUCUUGCUCCAUGAGUUUGUAUACUUUGGACGUUCCAUCCCUUGGAUUAUCAUCGACGCUAUUCCUUAUUUCCGCCGGUGGAAACUCCAGCCUAACAAGGUUCCCACUGCCCAAGAGCAGUGGGAGUGUACGAAAAUGGUGCUGUUCUCGCAUUUCACCAUCGAACUUCCAGCUAUAUGGUUAUUCCACCCUAUGGCAGAGAACUUUGGUAUGAGUACCUGGCAGGUUCCUUUCCCUUCAUGGACAACCAUGUUCCCGCAAAUCGCUAUUUUCUUCGUCUUUGAAGAUAUGUUCCAUUACUUUGCCCACCAGGCACUUCACACCGGCGCAUUGUACAAGCAUAUUCACAAGAUUCAUCACAAGUAUUCGGCACCUUUCGGUCUUGCUGCUGAAUACGCCCACCCUGCUGAAGUCUUCAUUCUUGGUACUGGUACCAUUGCUGGACCCGUCUUGUACUGCUGGUACACUCGUAACUUGCACAUUUUCACGGUCUACAUUUGGAUUACGCUUCGUCUCUUCCAAGCUAUCGAUGCUCACAGUGGCUACGACUUCCCCUGGUCGCUACAGCAUAUCAUCCCCUUCUGGUCAGGUGCCGAGCAUCAUGAUUUCCACCACAUGGCCUUCACGAACAACUUUUCCACCUCUUUCCGGUGGUGCGACCGCAUUUUUGGCACUGAUGACAAGUACCGCGAGUAUCGUGCACGCAUCACUGCCCAAAAGGCGGCAAUGAAGAACAAGAGCAAGUCUGAGCGUGAAGAGGCUGAACGCAAUCUCAUUGCAGAGAUUGAAGCCGAGGGUUUACGUGCAGAGGCUAUUGCUGAGGGGAGCAUGCCUGCCCCAAAGACCGUUAAAGUCCAGUAAUUGGAUCUAGAUACGGUGAUAAGGACACAUUUGCAUGAUUUCAUUCAAUCAAUACCCGUAGACAUGCAAUAAUAAAUAUAUAGUUAAUUGAUUUUUUUGUUUCGCGGAGUGGAGAAAA